GUCGGAUUAACGGGCUUCCGACUUGUGAGCAGACGAGACAAGUCCCAGGUUGUUGGCAGCCACCGUAAGUCCUCGACGAACAUCUGCUUGGCUAAAGGGUAUGUUCAUCCACACCCCUUUUCUCCUGCACCCGCUUACCAGGCACUUGGAGAAGUCCUUGUUGGCACAGCCAAGCGAAUCGUAUCUUACAGCCCGCAUAUACUGAAGUACGGAUCGAUCAAGUCUUUGGCGUCUUUACAAAGGGCGGAAGCGUUUUUUUCAAGCUCCUAUAUCUUGAGUGGGAUUGUUGCCGAGAACGCGGUGUGAUUCUCUAUUCCAGACUAGCUUGGUAGCUCACACUCACACCCUCCCUCUCUUUCUCCGUCCGUAGCAACCGCUCGGAACUAUCUGAGGCCCUAAUAUAAGGCCCCAUAAUUUUCAACCCCUCAACCACGCACAUGAUGCCUGAGAUUGGUAGCGGUUUCGAUGAGGUAGAUUGGCCAGAGCACCAACAUCCACACCAAACCCUGCUGUCCAUGGGUGCCCAGAGCGCUGAAGGUACAGUUGCACAACAUACAAAUCAGUACUGGGCACCGUACCCUGAAGAUCGGCGUGAGCGUGCUCCGGUAGAACAUUGGGGACAAAACGGUCAUCCAACAAGCACUCAUUCCCAGCACCAUGUAGUAUUCGAAGGAUACUCAGCUGAGCAAUCCCCAAGCAGAGCAGCGAACCGGAACCCGGGAUCUUUCCGAGAGAAUACUGCAUACUCCGUUAACGGACCCCACCACGCCUAUAGAACGAUGGAAAAUAGACACGAACCACUGAUGCCAGUGCAUAGCCGUACUUACUAUCAAGAUGAAAGUGCGCCAAAUGCUUACCAUGGUGCACACAUGCAGCCGGAGUUUUUGCUGCGAGCUCCAAGCAGCUUUCCAAACUCUGUACAUGGGGCAGCAAAUAACGCGUAUGCUGCCAAUCUUGACACUUUGUCACACCUCGGGGCCCAUGUAAUUCAUGAAGAUACCUGCAGAACGCCAAAAAGUUCAAGCAGUGAUCUUCAGUACCAGCAGUAUUAUGGUCAGGAACCAGAGACACCAAUCGAUCCCACACUGGACCAAGAACAAGGCAGCUUUUCCAUGACCGAGUCUACCCUAGGUCCCUGGUCGUCCCCCCAAGGUGGGAUAGUCGUACAAUUGGACGCCCCAGACUCAGAGCCUUGGAACGCAGUCGGCCUAAUGGACGGCAGUCAGACUACCCGUUCUACAAGGCAAAUACAGGCAGGAGUAGAUCGGAUGACUUUGCGUGCCACCCGUUCGAUGUCCGCUUACGGUGAUCCGAGCUCAGUCUCUUCGAUGCGCAGUGGUUUCGAAACCCUUUUGUCAUCAGAAAGCCCCUACUUUCCCCAAUCCUCAGCGCCAGCAAGCCAAAUGGAUGUUUUUGAUUCUUACAAGUUUCCCUUGGGCAUCGACUGUACUUCUGGACCGAGAACCAACUCUCGAAACCGACACUGGCUCAAAGUGGAGGGAGCUGCAACACCCACAAGGACGCGAGGACAUCUUGAAAGAUACCCUCACUCAGAUCCUGGUCGUUACUUACAGCUUCCCGGCAAGAGACGGGCAUCUUCAGCAUCAUCCCAAAUCACUGAGGCUACCUCGUCUAGUGCUGUAUCUGGCCUUGGUCAAGGCGUCCUGAAAUGUGGGGUGAACAGAUGUGAAGCUACGUUUUCCGGUAGAUACGGGAAAGGCAACAGAGCGAGACACAAAAAAGACUACCAUGGAGGAAAGGAGCCCGUAAUUUGCGAGGAUAGCAGCUGCGGAAAGAUCUUCAGACGGUCAGAUGCUCGGUUGAAGCACUAUAGGAGUCGUCAUCCUCAUCUCGUAGGCAUAAACAAACAGGUGUCGCGUCCUGGAAGACGGAACCCGGCACCAGGAGACCUGGAUGGUGAUGCGUAAACCAUCUUCGUUUAGUCCCAUUGCAUCUCUGCUUCGAUAUCCGGCCUCGAGCAGUAAAACAUCUCUUCUAUCAACAAUAAGAGCCGAAUGAACCCCUUCUUCUUAUUCUUCUUUU